GCUUCUCGUUGAACACAAACAUCAAACAUGUCUACCUUCGCCGUUCUGUUGCUCUGCAUCCAAGCUUGCUUGGUCCAGAAUGUGUUCGGUAUCGGGUGCGGCUGCGGGGGUGCAGCUCCCGCCGCUCUCUCCGGCGCCGCUCCCUGCGGCUACGGCCUAGGCUCCGGCCUUGGCUACGGUGCUGGUCAGGCUGGCUCCUACGGUUUGGCUUCUGGUUUGGGUUAUGACGGACUCGCCUACCCUGGCGCUGCCGGUUACGGCUCUGGAGUGGCCGCGUACGGCGGCGCCGGUGAAGGCAACGUGGCGGUCGCUGGUGAGCUGCCAGUCGCCGGUAACACCGCUCUGUAUGGACAGGUGCCCAUCAUGGGCGCUGUCAGUUUUGGUGGAUCUGUCCCGGCUGCUGGUGCCGUGUCUAUCUCCGGACAGUGCGCGUGCGGCUGCGGUGCUCCAGUCGCCGCUCCUGUAUACUGCUGAAAUUACAUACAUUUUCUGCGUGAAAAUAAAACGAUCAUGA